AUGUACACUAACUCUCUGCUCUUCGGAGCACUUGCUCUAAGUAAGUUCAUCCCCCUUUCUUCCAACAUACUAUCAAUAACAAGCAAAAGUAUCAAGUACUACAGCACAAACAGUACAAGAAUGCCCCGGCGGUGGAGUAUGUUACUCUGUCAAUGUACCAGAAGCAACUGCAUCUAGUGGAUCGGGAGAUAUGUUCUUUCAGAUAACUGGUCCGACCAGUAUGUCGUGGAUAGGUCUUGGUCAAGGAGGGUCAAUGUCAGGAUCGAACAUUUUCAUGAUCUAUUCUAACGCAGCUGGAAACAACAUCACGCUCACAAAUCGUUUGGGUGUUGGCAAUAGGGAUCCUGCUAUGGGUGCCACUUCUCAACUGACUUUAUUGGAUGGAACUGGAAUAACCAAUAAUGUUAUGACUGCGAAUGUGAAAUGUAAGCCUUCAGACCCCCCUUCGUCUCAACGAUACCCCAGUUCUCAAAUCACAGUAACUAACAAGUCAAAAUAGGUUCAAAUUGCCAAACCUGGUCUGGAGGUUCAAUGUCACUUACAGACACCCAAUCCAAAUGGAUCUGGGCAUAUAGAACCGGCUCCCCAAUCAACUCCGAUUCCACCUCAGCCCCCGUAACAAAACACAACCAAGACGGAGAUCUGACCAUCAAUCUCCAACAAGCAGCUGGAGGCAGUAGCGUCAACCCAUUCGUAAUGUCCGGUGGCUCAUCCAGCGGAGGAAACGGGCGAACUACACCAGCCGGCACUCCUUGCACCAAGAAGAACGGACAACCAGGAGUCCGUCCAUCAGGCACCUCCAAGAAAUUCCCCAAUGGCCCACCUGGAGGCUUCCCUACUAGUUUCCCAGGCCAAACUGGCACCCCCAGCCCAGGAGGACAAGGAGGCUAUGAUAGCGGCAACGAUAGCGACGACGACGACUCUUGUAUUGCUCUUUCUAGCACUGGCGGCGCCAAUGGUGGACUCUCCAACGUCGGGCUCCAAAAUAUUUCUCCAGAGCUGAUGGCAAGUGUCAUCCAAGCCCACGCUCUCAUGGGUGUCAUCGCAUUCGUCCUUCUCUUCCCCAUUGGAGCUAUGAUCAUUCGACUCUUGCACUUCCGCUUGACGCUCUGGAUGCACGCCGGUUGGAUGCUUCUCGCUUACGGCCUUGCUAUCGCGUGUAUGGGAACUGGAAUCUGGUAUGCGCGACUGGAAGGGUACAUGGGAAGCUCUCACGCGAUUCUGGGGAUCUUCGUCGUCUGCGCGCUCAUUCUGCAGCCUUUCAGUGGGUUAUUUCACCACCUCAUGUACAAGAAGACUGGGACGAGCAGUUUUGCCACACCGGUUCACGUCUGGUGGGGUCGCAUCAUCGUCAGUCUUGGAAUCAUUAAUGGGGGAUUGGGACUGGCUCUCGGUGGCCAACAAAGCGCGUACAAAAUCGGGUAUGCGGUCGUCGCCGCCGUCUUUUGGUUCCUGUGGAUGGGCUCCGCGCUCUUUGCUUGGUGGCGAAAGGGAAGACGGCAGGAUGCAUCGGUGCAUGGCUCGAAGGAGAUGCAGAGGGCUACGGAUAGUGAGGAUAACUUCAGGAACGAGGGACGUCAACAGACUCCGACGACGCAACAGAAAUACACUUAA